GAUCGGCUUGGCCUGUAGAUGGCGACAUGAGAUCACGCGGUCUUACUACUGCUGAAUUGGAACGUAAACGAAGAAGAAGCACUCGCCAGCUUUCUCCUCCGAACCGCAGCCAAGAUUAUCAGCAAGUUGGCGACGUGAGCGACGUCUUGAGGUGCGGCGGGCUCACGUCGAUCGUCAUGGUGCUGAGGGAGCUUCCGGUGGAGCAGGUGGCACGGCCCCUGGGCAGGAACGAGGUGCUGGGGCUCCUGUUCCGCCUCACCGUCUUCGGUGCCGUCACCUACUUCACCAUCAAGUGGAUGGUGGACGCCAUCGACCCCACGCGCAAGCAGAAGGUGGAGGCGCAGAAACAAGCGGAGAAGUUGAUGCGGCAGAUCGGCGUCAAAGAUGUCAAGCUAUCCGAGUACGAGAUGAGCAUCGCCGCACACCUGGUGGACCCGCUUAGCAUGCAGAUGUCGUGGCGCGACAUUGGCGGUCUCGACGAGGUCAUCACGGAGCUCCAGGAGACCGUCAUCAUGCCCGUCCAAAAACGACAUCUCUUCCAAACAUCCAGACUGCUGCAGCCCCCCAAAGGGGUCCUGCUCUACGGGCCGCCCGGUUGCGGCAAGACGCUGAUUGCCAAGGCGACGGCCAAGGAGGCGGGCUUCCGCUUCAUCAACCUGCAGCCCAGCACGUUGACGGACAAGUGGUACGGCGAAUCGCAGAAGCUCGCCGCCGCCGUCUUCUCCUUGGCCGUCAAACUGCAGCCUGCCGUCAUCUUCGUCGACGAAAUAGAUUCAUUCCUGAGGAAUCGCUCGAGCUCGGACCACGAGGCGACGGCCAUGAUGAAGGCGCAGUUCAUGAGUCUGUGGGAUGGCCUAGACACGGACCACCGGUGUCAGGUGAUCGUCAUGGGCGCCACCAACCGACCGCAAGAUCUGGACUCUGCCAUCUUGAGGAGGAUGCCCACCAGGUUCCACAUCAACCAGCCGAGUUUGCGUCAGCGGGAGCAGAUCCUCAAACUUAUCCUGGAAAACGAGAGCGUGGACGAGUCAGUGGAGCUUCCCGAGAUCGCCAAGGAAACGGAAGGAUUCUCCGGAAGUGACCUUCGGGAGAUGUGCCGCGACGGUGCCCUGCUGUGCGUUCGAGACUUUGUGCACACUCGCAGCGACGGCCCGUCGGAGGAUUUCAUACGUCCCAUUCACGCGUCCGACCUUCAGAGAGCCAUUGCCAAGAUGAAGAAAUCGAAGAUGGCAGGGGGGCACGGCGCCCUGCUGCACGCCGCUCUGGACUGAACCCCCACAUAGCCCCCGCCCAACACUCACACACAGCCCACGGCGGCGCUGGUUGGAUUUCCGCCCGAUCGGCAAGUUAAAUGUCACGUGCCAACUUGUAUUUUUCCUCCAACUUGUUCAUGAUCAAUAUUGAGGCUCAAUCCACCAAAUGACGUCCAACUCCACGCUAGGCCCAUUUUUUUUCUUAGUGAAGCUUUUAUUUUGAAAAGUCCUUUCUGAAAAAUUCGUGAAAAAAAUGUAAUUGUCGUUUCACAUUUAUGGCGUUAUGAUUUGUGUCCUUCCUGAUGGAAAGUUUGUAAAAUUAUUGUAGAUAAUCAUGUUAUUAAACUCUUAAGCUGAAAGAA